UGCACAUCUGACAAUGUCCACAUCUCUGGAUCAAGAGACUGGUUUUCUGUUGGCUCAUGUUGGUGAAAAAGUGACAAUGCGAUGCACCUAUGAAGGUAAUGAGCCGACGUGGAUCUGCUGGUACAUGCAGACACUGGGACAGAAGCCGAAGCUCAUGUCCAGCGUGUUUGUGUACGGGACAGAAAUCGUUUUUCAUGAGGAAUUCAAGAAUAACUCACAUUACAUCAUAGAGAAGAAAGGACAUUUGCAUUAUUUGACAAUAUUAGAUCUAAAAAUGUCAGAUUCAGCUACAUACUACUGUGCACUGAGCCAUAAACAAGUUGUGCAUUUUGGAAAGGGAACUACAGUCAGUGUUAAAGGUCCAGGUUUUAACAUCCAAGCUUCAGUCCAUCAGCUGGAAUCUGAAACCAUCCAGCCAGGAGUCUCUGUGACUCUGAACUGUACGGUACAAAUUGAUAGUUGUGAUGGAGAACACGACGUUUACUGGUUCAGGAACACAGAGGAAUCUCAACCAGGACUCAUUUACACCUAUGGAAGCAGGAAGGAUCAGUGUAUGAGCAAUUCCAGCACAAAAAGUCAAACAUGUGUGCACAGCCUGUCGAUGAAGAACCUGAAUGCGUCUCAUACUGGAACCUACUACUGCGCUGUUGCUUCAUGUGGACAUGUUGUGUUUGGAAAUGGGACGAUGCUGAGCCUCUCAUGUGAUAAAAUGCACCUGCUCCACUUGUUGGCUGGCUCUUUGACAACCCUCCUCAUUGUUUUGUUGAUUGCCUUGGGAUGCAAACUAAAUAAAAAGUACUGCCAAAGUUCAGAACCCGAACCUUCUACCGCCACCGAGGAUGCCAACCAAGACACAGACAGAAUCCACUAUGCAUCAAUAAAUGUCGAUCACUCUAAUAGAUCUAGAAGACAUAGAAGCAGCGCAACAACUGAGUGUGUUUACUCCAAGAUAAGUCAGCAAAAAUGAAUUAUUUCUUCCUGGAAAUCUUUAUUGCCAGUUUGGUUACAUUUGUUUAGCAGGUUCAAUACGCUUUGUUGAUAACAAGAUUUUGGUAUGAAUGUCAUAAGAGCAGCUGGUGUCACAUUGUUUCCCAUCUUGUCUUUUACGUUGCUAUAUUUGAAAAAGAAAACAAAAAAUACUUAAUGGGUCAGAAAGUGAAGAAGACGAUACAUCUUUUGGAAAAUCAAACUCACACCCUGAAGAUACUCUUGUCUCAUUUGUGCACAGAGUUUGAUGUUUGAUUCAGUGUUCCGUGUUAUUACAGGGUAUAUAUGCAGUUUUCUUAUUUCAUGGUUUUAAGAUGAGUGUUCAAAGCUCUUUAUGAGCGCCCCCAAAUGCUUACGUUAUUGUUAGCUGAAUUAAAUAGACAUAGCCACACUCAGUGGUGGGUGAAAUUAGUGCAGACAGAGCGUCUGCAUGCUGUAAUCAGGUAAUGUUAGCACCGUGUCUCUUUUUUGCAAUGUACCUUUAUUUUCUGUUUUUAACUUAAUCUUUUUUUUUUUUUAGUAAAUAACUUUGUGGAACCUAAGGUGUGUGGUUUUAUACACUGACUUUUCAACCUACAUAAAUUAGAUCUUUGAAAAAAACACAUAGUUUAUAUGUAAGCACUCUAGAACGCACUGUGUAUUUUUUUUUUUGUCAUGAUGUUGAAGAUUUUAUAUAAUAAAGAUUCCAAUUUUUCUUUUAAUUCUUGUGUUUUUUGGCUCAUGUACGGCCAGAAGUUGUUACUGCUGCUUUUCUCUCUCUGAGGUAAAUAAAUGCAACUACUAUAGUUUGGAUGGUAACACUGUUAUAAUGUGUUCUGUAGCAAAUAAAUGAAAUGUCAAAGUAAGAGACACAGGCUAUCCUGUAUAAUCAUUACACAUACAGUAUAUCAAGUGUUUCACUAGAACUUACAGUAUUAAUGACAAAUGCAUAAUUUACUUCUGAAGUUUGCUGUGUAAUAUCUAACAAUUAAACAAAGUGACUGUCAUGAGGUGAGAGACCUUUGUAAUGAGAAAACGUAUCAGUUUUAUAAGACAGUUUCCUUUGACCUUAUCAGUAGAUCAUUAACUGUUGCAGCUUCUUAGUAGUUUGGCAAGUUUAUUAGUAUGGUACAUUUCAACAAAGCGGAAAUUCAAAGUGUUUCACAUGAUGAAAACAUAAAACAGCAAACAAAAAAUUAGCAGUGGCACGAAAAGGAAAGCAAUAAAAAGUUGGAAUGCAAAUUAAAAUAAAUUUUGUUUCACUUAAUAUAGAUCAAAGGUGAGUAAACAAAGGAGUUUUUUUUAACACUAAAGGAAGUCGGUGUUUAAGCAGAUUUGCAG